GCAGGGGGGUGAUGGGAGGACUGGGGAUGCGGCUGCCUCACCAGUGAUGGGAGGUGAGUGCAGAGCAGAGGUUGGAGGGGGCUGCAGGUGCCCCAAGGAAAGACACGUGUAGGAGCAGUGAGAGGGGCUGUGAGGAUCUGCGGGGAGACGCAAGCAGCUCCCUGGGCUCCGGUCCCGACCCCCUACCUUUCCAGACAGCAGCCUGGGGCCACCUGCCAACGCGUCCAAGUGGGGCACUCUCCCUCUCUUCAGCUCUCCUUGCCAGGAUCUUCUCAGAUGAGCAGAACUGGGGUCUCCACACCCUUCCUUCAGCUCUCCUUGCCACAGCCUUCUCGGAUGAGGAGAACUGGGGUCUCCGUACCCUCAGAAGACCUGAGCAGCUCCUCUCUCCUCCAAACCUAGCUGCUCUGUGGGGCGUUUCUGCAAGAUCAUGGGUCAGGUGGUAAGAGAGCGCUAGGCAGUUUCAGACAGAGCCUGUAUCAACCAAGCCUCUCCUCCUGACAAAUUUCUUUUGGUCUUGCGGGAGAGGAAAUGUUUUGCCCAUAGAAUACCCCAGAGGAUAAAUUCUGCUGCAGCAACAUCUUGCUGUGAAAGAAUCUUGAUGCUUUUAGGAUUCAACCUGAUAUCUCAUUAGACUGGUAAUUGCUACCUUCCUAAUUGUUUUAUUGUGCUCCACUCACCUCUCCCCACCCUGUCCUGAUGCUGCAUCCUUCUGAGAUGAGAUGUUCAUUACUGCCUGUGUCUGCAUUCCAGCUUCCUGGCAUGGGAAUGGUGCUGGGUCUCCUUCAGCUUUGUCGGACAUCAAGCCUGGAUGGGAAUUUGGUGUUUGAAACAUCAGUUCAGACUUUCCUCAUCUGGUCUGGGGGUUCAGAGCCUGCUGGACCAGCUGGUACCCACCAAGGGAACCAAGGUGGGGUGUGGAUUACAAAGGAUGAGCCUGAAGCGCCCAUCCACCCCUGCCAGGGUUGACAGAGAGGAAUGCUGACCAGAGGAGGAGGUUUUGGGGAACCUCCAAGCUGGAAAGUGGGAGUCGUGCUCUCUCCUUCCUCCCCAGAGCAGCACCAGCUCCCAUCUGUGUCCCCACCAGCUGCUCAGCCCCAUCAUGCUGGUGGGGGGACACAGCCAGGCAGUGGGAAAAGCACUCCCCUCAGUGCUGGGUGCCCUCUGCUCCUCCAGCAAGGGUUGAAAGCUACUUCUUUGGCUCAUUAACCCAGCUAAUUGCAGCUAGGACUGCUAAGACCCUUUCCUGGCUUGCCUGGGUGGCUGGAGCACCCAUGGCAGGGCUGGGGGAGCUGGUGGAGAGGGGCACCCACUCACAGGGCUCCAAAGGUGGCCAAUGGCAUCUUGGCCCGUAUCAGAAACAGCGUGGCCAGCAGGACCAGGGAAGUGAUUGUGCCCCUCUACUCAGCAUUGGUGAGGCCACAUCUCAAAUCCUGGGUUCAGUUUUGGUCCCCUCACUCCAAGAAGUUUAUUGAGGGGCUGGAGCACAUCCAGAAAAGGAAACAGAGAUGCGGAAGGAUCUGGAGAACAGGGAUUCUGGGAGCAGCUGAGGGACCUGGGGCUGUUUAGCCUGGAGAAGAUGAGGCUGAGGGGAAAACUCAUUGCCCUCUGCAGCUCCUGAAAGGAGGUUGCGGUGAGGUGGGUGCUGGGCUCUUCUCCCAAGAAACAAGACAAGAGGAAACGGCCUCAAGGUGCACCAGGGCAGUUUCCAAUUGGACAUUAGGAAAAAUUUCUUCCCCAAAAGGGUUCUCAGACACAAGCAGAGGCUGCUCAGGGCGGUGAUGGAGUCCCCAUCCCUGGAGGUGUUUAACAGACAGGGAGAUGAAGUGCUUAGGGAUUUGGUUUAGUAGUGGACAGGUAUGGUUUGACUUGAUGAUUAAAAAGGUCUUUUCCAAACUACUGAUUCAUGAUUCUAAGUCCAGCCAGUACCCAGGAACACCCCAUGUCCCAAAUCCCUCAUGUUUGAGCACCCAGAGCAAGGCCAUGAGGGUCCCAGGGGUUGUGGGCAAGGAUCACUGUGGGAUGUAAAGACUGGGCAACGUGGAGUCCACGCUGGGCAAAGCGGGGAGAUACAACCCAUCCCAACGGCAUGCCAGGGCCACCUGGAGAAGACCACGGUGCCAGCCAGGUCAUGCCAGGCUGGGUGCCAGGAACAGGGCAUGGCUCACCUGGGCAGGGCCAGGCACCACAUGUUACCUGGUGUGAGGAACUGGGUGGCACUGGCCGGGGGGAGCCGUGAGUCACCCCUGCGCCUCCUUCCACCCUGGACUUUGCCUCCCAGCAAUAAAACCCAGGCUCCGGGGAGGCUGGGGCAUCAGCCCCACCUGCAGCAGGCGCUGGGCAGUCAGGGCGCACACAUGUGUGUUUGCGUGCAGGAGUGAGCAGGAUGGAGCUGUGAGCGUGCAAGGAGGAGCCGUGUAUGUGUGCAAGAGGACCUGCAUGGAGGUGUGCAAGAGGACCCGCAUGGAUGUGUGCAAGGAGGAGCUGGGCUUGCGAGCAGGUGUAGGAGCUUCAUGUAUGGGAUGGAAUGGUGUGCGUGUGCAUGCGACGGAGCUGCGUGUGUGUAAUGGAGCUGCAUGUGGGCAACAGUGCUCUGUGUGUGCAAGACAAGCAUGUGUGCAAUGGAGCUGCGUGUGUGCAACAGUGUUUUUGUGCACAAGAGAAGCAUGUGUGCAGCAGAGCCGCCCGUGUGCAAGAGCUGCAUGUACGCCACAGUGCUGCAGGUGUGCAAUGGAGCUGCACAUGUGCAAUGGAUCUGAGCACGUACAAGAGCUGUGCAGGCAGAUGUGCAAGAGCACAUCUCACACGCACGGGGAGGCCAAAGCGAGCAGCCUGUGCCACGCGCGCUACAGGACCCGCGUGCAGAAGGGCUGUGGCCACACAGAGGGAGCAGCCCCAGGCGUGUGCGAGGCACCGCGGGCGUGCGAGGGCGCCCGUAGGCGUGUGGGCACCCUGCCCGCCGGCCGGCAGUGCCACGGGCGGGUCCGGCAGGUGCCGCACCCUGGGCCAGGCGGGUGCCACCCAACACCUCGUCCUCGUCGCCGCCAGCCGCCCUGAUGCAGCGGGAGCGCGGGGGGCAGAGCCAGGGACCCCCCGGACCAGAGGUCAAGGCUGUCAUCGUGGGCGACGGGGGCUGCGGGAAGACGUCUCUGCUGGUGGCCUUCGCCAGAGGUGACUUCCCAAAGGUCUACGUCCCCACCGUGUUUGAGAAGUACACGGCCUCCCUGGAGGUUGGCGGCAAGACGGUGACCAUCCACCUCUGGGACACAGCAGGACAGGAAGACUACGACAGACUUCGCCCGCUGUCCUACUCUGAUGCCAACGUUGUCCUCAUCUGCUUUGAUGUCACCAAUCCCAACAGCUACAACAAUGUCGUAACGAAGUGGUACCCCGAGGUGAACCACUUCUGCAAGGGCAUCCCAGUGCUGCUGGUGGGCUGCAAGACUGACCUGCGCCAGGACCGAGAGGUGCUGCACAAGCUGAAAGAGGGACGCCUGGAGCCCAUCUCCUACCAGCAGGGUGAGGCCAUGGCCCGGCAGGUCCAUGCCGUGUCCUACUUGGAGUGCUCAGCCAGGUUCCAGGAGAACAUUGGGGACAUCUUUGCGGCAGCCUGCAGUGCUGCUCUCAGCGCUGCCCGCCGAAGCCAGCGUAGAAGGAGACCCAAGAGGGGCUGCGUCAUCUGCUGAGCCCCCCGCUCCUGGCAGAGCCCUGGGAUCUGCUGCUGUCCCCCAUCCUUGACUUGGGGCACCAUCUUUGUUCCCAGCUGCUGCCAGACCCCUCUGCCACCACCACCACGCUGCCGUCCCACCGCAAUCCGCACUGCGGGGCUGGCACUGCCAGCUGUCAUGGGGUGCCACCAGGAAGGCAUCUCCUGAGCAUGAAGAAACCAUCCCACCAGGGA